AUGUCUUCUCUUCUGGACCAGGCAACGCGCAUUGCGCGCGAUUUCGAUUACCCCGCUGAGAAGGUGCAGCGCGGGGUCAAGGAGUAUAUCAACCAGUCCAAUGAGGGUUUGGCCAAGGAGGGAACCACUCUGAGCCAGAUCCCAACUUUCGUGACUGCUGUGCCAAAUGGAACAGAAAAGGGCCUUUACUUGGCUGUUGAUCUCGGUGGCACCAACUUCCGUGUGUGCUCGGUCCUCCUGCACGGCGAUACUACCUUCUCCCUCACCCAGUCUAAGAUCCUCAUUCCCCGGGAAUUGAUGGCCUCUGGUACAUCUAAGGAUCUCUUCCUCUUCUUGGCUCGCCAAAUUGAGGCCUUCCUACGCAUUCACCACAACGAGCACUUUGAGGCUCACCAGCUCCGCCGACGUGAAAACACCAACGAGGAGGACCUCUUCGAUCUCGGCUUCACCUUCAGUUUCCCCGUGCGCCAGAUCGGAAUCAACCGUGGAACACUCAUUCGGUGGACCAAGGGCUUCAACAUUCCCGAUGCCGUCGGCCACGAUGUGUGUGCCCUGCUCCAGAAUGCUAUUGACGAAUUGAACCUGCCAGUGCGCGUGGCUGCGCUGGUCAAUGAUACUGUCGGUACCCUGAUGGCUCGCUCCUACACCUCCCCUGGCGAGACCGGUACUUUCCUCGGUGCCAUUUUCGGAACUGGUACCAACGGCGCCUACGUUGAGAAGACCAAGAACAUCACCAAGCUCCAGCACAUGAAGGAUGCCCACUUUGAUAACUCUACUGGCGAGAUGAUUAUCAACGCCGAGUGGGGUAGCUUUGAUAACCACAUGAGCGUGCUCCCCACCACAGUCUUUGACGAUGAGCUCGACGCCGACAGCAACAACCCCGGUGUCCAGAUGUUCGAGAAGCGCGUCUCGGGCAUGUUCCUGGGUGAGAUUCUGCGUCGUGCGCUUCUGUCUCUUCACAACUCCGAUCUCGGUCUUUUCAAGGCCAACAAGAACUCCAAGGUCGUUCUUUCCGAGAACUCUAUGCUCUUCCGCCAAUGGGGUCUUGACACCAGCUUGCUGAGCUCUGUUGAGGCUGAUGACAGCAAGGACUUGGUGGACAUCAAGACCGCACUGAAGGACCACCUUGAGAUCGAGAACCCCAGUCUUGAAGAAUGCCAGGCUGUGAAGAUCUUGGUCCAUGCCAUUGGCAAGCGUGCCGCUCGUCUGAGUGCCGUUCCUCUCGCGGCUAUCAUCGUCUCCGCCAACAAGCUCGCCACGGACGAUAUUAUCGAUGUCGGCGUAGACGGCAGUCUCGUGGAGUUCUAUCCUAAUUUUGAGGAACACCUGCGCGAGGCUUUGCGUGAAGUUCCCGAAGUUGGCAUUGCGGGUGAUAAGAAGAUUCGCAUUGGUAUCUCCAAGGAUGGCAGUGGUGUCGGUGCCGCUUUGAUUGCCCUUGUUGCUAGCAAGGACGCAGGCCUUGAGGUUCCACACGAGGUCUAA